GUAGUAAGGAAAGCGCACAAGUGUCCUGUCGUGUUGUGUUACUGCCGCGUUCGCCUUUAAUAGCACAAGCACGCAACGGCGGCUGCUCAGUCGUCGAUGGCUCUUUCAAGCGAACUGUUCAUUCAUUGUGCUCACACACUGAGCCGAGGCUGAGACUCUUGAAUAGGCUCGCGCGCGCUUCACUUCGCUUCGCUUAUCAAAAGUUAGCCGAGCACAGAACACGCUCUGUGACUGUGUGCCGUCUGCUACGAGAGUGAGUGUGUGUGUGUGAGUGUUUGUAAGUGUGUUUUUGUGUGUGCCAGGAUGUUGGUAGUGAAACUCAAGUGAAAGUCAAAUCUAAAAUACAAAGCAAAUAAAUCACACGCCAAAAGAAACACCAGCGACAACAACGGCAACACCAACAACAUCAACAACAACAACCACAAAAACUGAAAACUCAACUUCGACGGUGCAAACAAAAAAAAAAAAAAAAACUAAUCAAUCUCAGACAAAAAUGUCAAACUGAAAUGCAGCGAGAUUAAAUAUUGAAAUCAAACGCAAAGCCAUGAUUUGCAUGUGUUAGACAUAUUUACAAAUGUGCAUAUAUAUGUGAAAGUGGAUUAAAGCAUCGACAACGUAUAUUCAAUUCAAUAGCAACAGCAGGAACAACAAUAAAAAAGGCAGCAAAAAUGUAUGGCUUUGUGAACUACGCCUUGGAGUUGCUGGUGCUCAAACAUUUUGGCGAGGAAAUAUGGGAGAAAAUAAAAAAAAAAGCCAUGGUCAGCAUGGAAGGACAAUUUCUGGUGCGGCAAAUUUACGAUGACGAAAUAACAUACAAUCUAAUUGGAGCAGCUGUUGAGAUACUCAACAUACCGGCUGACGACAUACUGGAACUGUUUGGCAAGACAUUCUUUGAGUUCUGUCAGGAUUCGGGCUAUGAUAAAAUAUUACAAGUGUUGGGUGCAACGCCCCGUGACUUUCUGCAGAAUUUGGACGCCUUACACGACCAUCUGGGCACCCUGUAUCCUGGAAUGCGAGCACCCUCAUUUCGCUGCACCGAGAAAGAUGGCGAAUUGCUGCUGCAUUACUACUCGGAACGUCCUGGCCUGGAGCACAUUGUCAUCGGCAUAGUCAAGGCCGUUGCAUCGAAACUGCAUGGAGUCGAGGUGGAAAUCGACAUUGUGAAGCGCAAAGGAGAGCCCAUCGAUGAGGCUGAGAAGGAGCGUGCUUUGGCACGCGAACAACAGCAAUUGGACACAGACACGACAGUUGUGGGUUUGGAUGCUCCAGUUUUACCUUGUGCAUCCUCAUCCUCUGCCUCUGUCUCCGUCACCGCCUCUGCAUCCGCAUCCGCCUCAGCCUCUGUGAAUUCUGAGCAGAACAAUAAUCACAAUGCGAGCAACAACAAUGGCAUCGGCAACAGCAAUAUUAACAACAACAACAACGAUGGUCAGCAGAUUGCCAGUGAGCUGGCUGAGCAAUCGCCUGCAACAUCGAAGGCCACACAACCAAGUGGACCGCUGGCACAGGACAGCUUUGACUGCGAUGGCGACAAGGAGCAGAAGUGCCUGCGUCUGUUGAAAAACAAAAGCGAUGACAUCGAGCGCUAUGACCAUGUGCAGUUUCUCAUACGUGAAAUCAAUGUGGCCGCCAAAUCCCAAGCGGAUGCCAAAAAGGAUGAACAAGCGGCGGCCAGCGAUGACAUGGAGUUUCUCUGCGAAGCGCCUCUCAUUUCGCCUGCCACAUUCUGUAAGGUGUUUCCCUUCCAUUUAAUGUUCGAUAGACAAAUGAAAGUCGUGCAAGCCGGCAAGGCCGUAUCCCGCGUAAUACCCAGAGUGGCCGAGGAGAACUGCUCACUGAUAGAGGUGGUGGAGGCCAUCAGACCACACCUGCAGCUCACAUUCGAGAACAUUCUGUCGCACAUAAACACCAUCUAUGUUCUGCAGACGAGACAGGGCGCCAUGAGCAGCCGGCACGAGCAACGUUUUCUGAGACUGAAGGGCCAAAUGAUGUAUAUACCAGAAACCGAUCGCAUACUCUUUCAAUGCUAUCCCAGUGUCAUGAAUUUGGAUGAUCUAACCAAAAAGGGACUUUACAUCUCCGAUGUGCCGCUGCAUGAUGCGGCCAGAGAUUUGGUGCUGCUGUCUGAGAAAUUCGAGGCGGAAUACAAGUUGACCAAGAAUCUGGAAAUGCUGACGGAUAAGCUGCAGCAAACGUUUCGCGAUCUGGAGAGUGAGAAGCAGAAAACAGACAGGUUGCUUUACUCAGUGCUGCCCAAGUCUGUGGCAAAUGAAUUACGACAUCAGCGUCCAGUUCCACCCAAACGCUACGACUCCGUAACGCUUAUGUUCUCGGGCAUUGUCGGGUUUGGGCAAUAUUGUGCGGCCAACACGGACCCCGAGGGCGCCAUGAAAAUUGUUAAAAUGCUUAACGAGCUCUACACGGUCUUCGACGCCCUCACCGACUCCAAGCGUAACCUGAACGUUUACAAGGUGGAAACUGUUGGCGAUAAGUAUAUGGCUGUGUCCGGACUGCCCGACCACUGUGAGGACCAUGCCAGAUGCAUGGCGAGAGUGGCGUUAGACAUGAUGGAUAUGGCCAAGAACGUUAAAAUGGGCUCCAAUCCCGUGCAAAUCACCAUCGGCAUCCACUCGGGCGAGGUGGUCACCGGCGUCAUUGGCAAUCGAGUGCCACGCUAUUGCCUCUUUGGCAACACUGUGAAUCUAACGAGUCGCACUGAGACCACCGGUGUGCCCGGUCGCAUCAACAUCAGCGAGGAGACCUAUCGCCUGCUGUGCCAAGAGAUCAACCAGGACGAUUCAUUUCAUUUGGAGUACCGCGGCCCAGUCAUUAUGAAAGGCAAGCCAACGCCCAUGGACUGCUGGUUCCUGACACGUGCCACCAGUGUUGCAACUGCCAGUGGCAAUGGUAGCCUCGACUCGCCGCUGUUGCAGCCUACAACGCCAACAACAACACCGCGCCUGGUCAUGGGACAUGCCAGCGUCUCACGUACCUCCUCUGCAAGCGGUGGCGCAGGCGGAGCAAGUGGAAGUGGUGGAGCAACUGCAGCCGCCGCAAAGGGUCCAACCGCUCCCUUGGAUGCAUAAGAAGAACCGCGUGAGGAUUCAACUGGCUGCUGAGUGGAAAUAUGCUGUAAUGGUUUGCCGCUCCUCGACUCCUUCAGCAGCCAUGUGACUGUCUAUUUAUCUGUGUGUAUAUGUGUGUGUGUGUAUGUCCUGACUGUCUGUUUGUCUGUGUGUAAGUUGGCCACUUAACCACUUCAUUGCUAUGACUUUGUAUUUGUCCUAUCUUGGCCUGCAUUUGUGCACUGCGUGUGUGUGUGUGUGUGUGCAUCUGUGUGUGAUUGUUGCUGCUGCUGCUGCACAUUGAGGUUGGAGGUUGGAGGUCGGUGCAUGGAAGUUAGCAUCAGCAUCGUUGGAUCGUUGUGCAAGUAAUCAGAUAUGAAACAAAGGCAAAACGAUUUCCCUUAAAGUAACUACUCGUAUGUUGUAUUUAGUAAUUAGAGCAAACAAAAUAUGGAAUGAAUGAUGUGAAUGGUUUACCUGUAAAAUAUAAUUGAGUUUAAUAAUUAUUCGUGAUGCUUUUCGAAUGUUUGUGAAUAUAACUAAAUGUGUUGAUAUUUA